AUGUUUGUGGUGGCCAAUGAGAUUGAUCAGCUCGACAAGGAAGGCUUCGCAGCUUACCCCUGUGUCAAAGCCCUGACGCGCGACAUCCACCGUUACCAACGGGAGAAGGGCUACAGAAAGGUUCCUUUGAUCUACUCCAACAAAGACCAGGGUGGCAGUGCACGCCUCGACAUUGCAAAAUACCUGACCUGUGAGCUUGAGAGCCCAGAUGAUGUGGUGGACGCGUUUGGGCUCAAUGUGUACUCUUGGUGCGACCCUGACUACAAGAGCCCAGAUGGAACUGUUGACUUCAAAUACUCGCCCUAUGAGAAUGUGGUGAAGGAAUUCCGUUCUUUGCCGAAGCCCUUCCUGUUCACCGAGUUUGGAUGCAACACUGGGGCCUUUGAAACAGAAUGCCCCGACUACAAGGGUGGUCGCACUUGGGUGCAAGUGGCAGCCAUGUUUGACCAUAUGGGGGAUUUCUUGAAUGGUGCUGUGGCUUUUGAGUUUUCCAUGGAGAACAAUCAAUAUGGCCUAGUGAUUACGCCUGGCUUCCUGCAGGGGCAGAACCAGUUGGUGAUUACAGACAACUACUACUCUCUGCAGAAAGAGUUUACCACCCAUGAUGUGAGCCAGGGAUCAGCAAGACAUCUACCUUUACCUCAGUGCAUUUCCAAAGCCACUGCAGAUCAGCUUCAAUACAAGGAGCGUGUGCAUCAGGUCUCUGAUUGGACCAAGCUGCCGCCAACACCUGUAAUGCCGGAAGACAACACAUUGCUCCCCUGA